UUUCUAACCUAUCUUAUUUGAUAAAGUAUUAUAUAUUCAUUCAUACAAUUAAUAUUUCACGUCUAAUUGGAUCUCCUCACAAGUCCUAUGCUCGCCAAUAUUGUAGAUCAUUAAGUACGUGAUCACUUACCAGAUUAAAACGAAUCUAUUUGCUGGAACACAACGAAUUUAAACACAUAUCGUAAAUUUUUACUCACAUCGGAUCUCGUACUAUUACUUUCGUGGCAAGGAAGCAUACAACUCGUUAUUUAAAUCUUACGAUUAUUAUAAAAGAAUAAUAUCCUAUAAAACCACGAUCAUGAAUGACAGCUUAUCAUCCUUACAACACGACCAGCCUCGCAAGGCUCUUUUAACGACCAAGUCUAACGGGUUCACCAAUUACGGCAUAACCAAUAAAACUAGCAAGAGUGAUUCAUACUACCUAAACGAUGAGCGCUAUAACAAAAACAAUGAUCAAAAGAUAUCGACCGAAAUAUCAUAUUAUGAUCUCAAACCGGAAGUUCCCCUUUCGAGUCUCUCGCCGCUAAAGUCCGAGAAGGCCUACUUUCACGACAGCGGAUAUCACGAGGUAUACCAAGGUGAAUAUCGCGAAAAUGACACGAAAUAUUUGUUGCACUGUGGCGCCCACGACAACGUUGAAUAUCAUUGCGAAAAACACCUAACCUUUGAUGAUUAUCAUUCACACAAGAAAGAGACGCUUACCGCCUUUGAAAUCGCACAACUUUUUUACCGCACUUCUUUCAUGUUUUUUAAACAUUUUCUUUACAAAAUAUCCCGUUUCUUCUACUGCCUUCUCUGCCUUCGUCACACCUGUUCGGUAUCCCUGACUGGGCUUUGUCUGGGAAUAACUCUCGGCAUGUUCUUGGGUAUAUAUUUGGAGACAUGCACUUAUAAUGGCAGCAAUUUUGGUGAAGACUAUGAUAUAAAUUUUUAUAAUAAAUAUCCCCCUUAUUUUCCCAAUAAAAACGCUCGAAUUCUCGACGGCGUUAACGGACAAGCUAUAUUUCUGGACGAUAAGGGAUUCAAGAGAGGGCAUCUUCGCUCUCAAGAUAUGGUAGAAAGAUUUUCAGGCCCAUUUCAAUAUCGAUAUCACUCAGCCCAAGAGGAUGUGGGCUAUCAGCCCCGUAGGAUCAUCCCUUCACUUCACGGAGACAGGGAUGAUGACAAACUUCGACCUGCCGGCUCUGUCAAGCUCGUUCGCCCUUAUCAUUUGGCUACUGAGCUAGGCAUCAUCUCCAAGACCGCUAUUGUCCUCAUAGCUCGUGAAGAUGAGUCUUACUCUUCGAACUCUCCCUCCCCGGCUGCCCUCAACGAUACAGAGACUCGGCUAACUAAUUUGCUUGAACGUAUUUCCGCCCUCGAAACUAGUUUGAAACGUCAAUUCGCCUCCAUGCGUAGUGAUCAGGCAUUCUCUGGCAAGACCACAGCGGGCGACGCGUUCGGCGACGAGGAUGUGUUCGGCGUCAAGGACGGCUCCUUUGUUUUUCACAAUUCUGUGGCCGACGACUUCGAUAUGAGUUCAGAUACCUUGACUGCUAAAUUGCGCGCUGGAGGCGGAAGUCCGCCUACGAUCGGAAAGAUACUCUGCUUCAUCAGGGCCUCGAGCCUCGACAUGGGGACCGUUCUGCACUACUACUUUCCUCAUCUUCUACCACUCUUGGUCUACCCGAAAGCGAACAAAUUAAACCCGAAAGAAGACGAGGGCCUAGCUCUUCACGGACUAAAUUUGAUGGAGGAUGACAACGAAUUAAACAAUCAAGACUCACUCAAACCCGAACUCGUUAACUACAAGGAUAACGAUCGUAGCAACCGAAAGAGGUCCAAGAGAGAGGAACACCAGGAAAAUAAAUUCGACACUUUCAAGAAUGAACGGCUAUUUCGUCGAUUCGUUAAAAUAGUGGCUCUCGAAGCCGACUCGCCCCAAGAUUUUGUGUCAGCUACUUUGGGUCAUAUUGUAGACGAUUAUAUGCAUGAUUUUGAAUCGGUUUACAUAGUUAAAGCCUCUGGCACCUACCUCAGGCUCGGCGCAUUUAUAGAAUUUGCUGGCGGGAUCCGUCGGGGGCAAGACUUAUACGUGGGUCGUCCUACGGAAGACCAACUGCUAGUAGGGGGACCUAAAGAAGAAUAUUGCUCGUUGAAUGCCGGCUUCUUUAUAGGCCAAUCUGAAUUACUCGAAGUCAAAAAUAAUUUAGCCACUUGUUUAGACGAUAUCAAAUCUUUCGAAAAAGCCCCCGAAUCCAAAAGGUUCCAGCACAUUUUGGGUACCUGCAUUUCCCAAAUCCUUCAAAGAAAAUGUCAAACUAACAUUAAUAGAAUGCCCUAUAUCACUUCACUAUACACUGCUGAUCUAACGUUCAAUUCCGCCGUUAAUUCCUCCCUGCUCUUGUACGGUUUACCCACCGCUAAAACGGGAUUUAAAGAAGCGGAAGUAACCGAUUCUCCCGAUCAACUCAACCAAAUAUACACUCUAUUAGACCGACACUACACCGACGUCGAUAUCGCGCACGUUAAGGAAGAGAUAAAUCUCAUCAAAGGCCAACUAAAAUACUUGGUACCUUUUAUACCCGAUGCCGAAAAAAACAUAUUUUUCUCAGACGGAAUAGCACCUAAAAGCAAGCCCACCAAUCAUUUUGACGUGGCAGAUUGGAUCUACUUUAACACCAGUCACGUGCUCUUACCCAAUGAACUCGAGACGGUGGCCAAACUCAAAAACAACGAAAAGUUAGAGAUUACCCAAAUCAUCCACUACGGGAUAGCCCAAUUUUUGCAAAAAUAUCCAAAUAGCCUGACUUACAUGCGUUUCGUCAACGGGUACAAGCAAAACGAUCCCACCCGCGGAAUAGAAUAUAUUCUUGAUUUCGACUUUUUGGACACUUCCGUGACCUCUAAUUUGCCUGUGAAGGCUGAUGAAAGCGCCACUCAAGACAUCAAGAUUAUCUCUAAAAGAUGCCACAUGAUGCGCCCCACGGGCGAACCCUCCAUAUCUUUCAUAAACAACAAUAACGACCAAUACUCCCCACCCCAACGAAAAGAUCUCAGUAUAAAAAAACAUCAAAUAGAAGAGGGCGUCGAUGAGGGCAUCGAUCCCGCAGGAGACCCAGAGAGUGAGGAAGAAAUGGAUGAACUGUCCUCUACACCGCCCAUAUUGGUAAGGUACCUACUUCUACCGGUGUGGGCCCGCAAUUGCCCAGAUCAGGCGCUACAAGCUCUACGUGCUUACACAUCAGAGGAAGCUUCUAAUUCCCGCUUAUCUAUCCGCUCCAUUGAUAACGCUCGCCUCCUCCUUAUUUUUCUCACCCUCGAACCCCCAUCGUUCCCCGCAGAUAAUACCAACGUUUCUCUAAUAGCAUUAACGGACCGUUUUUUGCGUUUGCAGGCUGAUCGACUUGACUCUGUGAAACGCGAAGCUGUGGCCCUUAAACGAGGGGGAGCGUCCCUCAAUCUGGGAUGGUUCACUCUCCCGAUUCCCGCGCUCCUUCACGCCAACCCUUCCGAUCUUGUCAACAUCUCGGACGAGCGCCUUCUCGAAUCCUUCGUUUACAAUGGCAGCAUCUCGAUCCGCAUCCUUGACGCUUUCGCACAAAAACUGCAUGCUAAAUACGGCGAUGAUCGAUAUUUUCCCGCUUCAUCUGCCGCUAAGGAAUCUAAGACUGCCCGGUACAUAAAUAUGGUUACUCUUCUAACCCUCAAUGUCCGAAUAGUGACAAGUCCUUUCUUUGCGCUAGCUCGCGUCAACGCCCAUCGUGGUAAACGUGUUUGCUUCCCGAUCUCCUAUCAAAGAUACGAUCCAUCGAUUGCCAGGCCCACCUACGAGGGCCAUGCUCCCGAUCACCGCUACGAUAUACAGGAACUUAAGACAAAUCUCGGUCACUACGAUGUCGCCAAUUGGGGGUCCGCCAUAUUUUACCUUUCAGAUUAUCUUAACGCCCGAGAAACUCUUUCAGCUUCCGCAACAAAUGAUUCGCCUUUUUAUUCGCUCGUUAAAUGGGAAGAUUCUAUGGACACGCUACCUGCACAUCAACCGCCAGCUAAUCUAGAUUUAGCCGAGCUCUUUAAAGCUUACGCCAAUCAUAUUCAAGGCGAAACAUCAGCCCGACAAACCAACGAGGCCUCUAAUAACAUUAUCAGGUCCAACCAGAUACUCGAUAUGAAUUUUGGUCGGCCUUUCGAACUUUUCCGUUACAUCGAGCCCAAUCUCAUAAUGGAGCAUGAUCCGUGGGAAAUAGUUAACUGUCCUGUCCUUUCCUUUAAUGAAACAGAUUCUGACACCGUUUUAGGUUAUACCUUCGCUAUGAAAUUGUCCGAAUGUCGAUCCAGGGCCGCCAAUAAUCUAGCUACAAGUGUUCAUAUGAGUUUCAAAAUUUUCGAGAGCCAGAUGGGGAUCAACAUGUCCCAGUACGAGACCAUCAUGGCUAAUCAGCGCAAGUCAAAAAAGUUUGUGUGAUUGUAUGGAUCAUUCAUAAAUAAUUUCUAUUAGAAGUAUUUAGAAACAAACUACUCAAAUUAAUAUUUUAACCCUACGCGCUAUAUAUUUGUUAUGUUUACUGGGGUAUUACGAUUAAUUCAAUAUGAUUUACACAAAAUAUCUAUAUUUUUUUUAAAUUAUUAAUAUGCCAAAAUCAAAACACUAAAUUUUUUCAACAAAGGAAACGAUUAACUGAUCUCUCUUCAACUCAGUACUGAAUGAAUUAUUUUUCUUUUUUGUUCCGCCCUUACUAUCGCUUUUUAUAACAUUUAAUGAUACGAGCAUCAUAUUAUAUAGUAUACUGUGGAAAAUGUAUUAAGUUUUCAUAGUAUUUUUAGUCCAUUUCUAUGUUGAUAGAGUGUCCUUAUAAGGUUAGUUAAAUCUACAAAAGCUAAAAAGCGGUAUGUUAAGUGCAAAGAAAACCAAUUGAGUUCAAGAGCUUUGCUAAAUAUGGUAAACAAUAGCCGACAUUUUCAUCAAAAUAAAUAAUUACGCUUUCAUUUGUUUUAAAUUUUGAACAGGUUAUUACCAAUUUGUAAAACUUUCAUUCAGUUUUUUUUUAAAACUUUUUUUAGGGUUAAUUUUUUUUUCUUGUUCAACGCGUUUAUUCCUUUGGAUUUUUGCUCAAAACAAGAAAAAUAUAAUCAGCUGACUUGUAUAUACCCCUAUUGGGUAUUCUCUAUUCCUCGUAUAGCAAUUUAUUUUUUUAUUUUUAAAGAAUUUUCUUGGUUUUUUGCACAAUACAAUGUUAUAUUUGUAAAUCGGUGCUAAGUUGUAAAAACGAUUUUUAUCGGAGCCUGACAUUUUAAUUAUAACUAGUUCACUCUUACCCGGUAUAGGUCUACACUUAUUAUACAUUUAUCCAAAUAUUAUUUUAGAAAAUUAAGAUUUAUUUAUAUAUAUAUAAUAAUAUUAAAAAUAUUUUUUAUUGUCUUUCGUUUAUAAAAAAAUUUUGUUAUACCACAUUCCAAUUAAUUUAAAACAUAUUCGUCUUGUUAGAUAUGUUUUUUUUGUAACUCAAUGCAGAUUUAAUAUUUUUUUUAAAAAUAAAUUUAUGAUAAAGAUACUUUUGAAAU